UAGAAAUUAUUUUUUCUAAACAGUUUAUUGUAUGAUUUGUUGUAAAAUUUGCCUCCAAGUUUGUAAAUUCUUGGAGUGGACAGAUGUAUUUCACCCAGAGGAAGCAAGUGCUUAUUUAAACCCCUUCCAGUACUCUAAAAAAAUAGCAAGAGCUGAUCAUCACCAUGGUUCCGUUUCAUAUAUCCAUGACCCUUUCAUUUUGCAUCUCCCUUUGCUUGCUCUGUCUGAACAGUGAAGCAGCAGUUGUUUUCUUGGAUUCCGACUGCUAUUCAAAUACAACGACUUACAGUCGGAAUAGCAUUUAUCAGAGAAACCUCAAUUUCCUUCUCUCGUCUCUUCAGUCCAACGCUACCCGUGAAAAUGGAUUCUAUAACCUCACCGUUGGCCAAGACCCUCCGGAUAUUGUUUAUGGCCUCUUUCUCUGCCGCGGCGAUGUCACCCAAGAUAUCUGUCAAGAAUGUGUUAGCACAGCUUCCGGCGAGAUACUUCGACGUUGCCCCAACCAGAAAACGGCUUUGGUUUACUACGACGAGUGCACCUUACGUUACUCCAACCAGUCCUUUUUCUCCAAAUGGCAAAGCGAACCUGGUUUGCAACUGUUGAAUACAGGGAAUGUUUCACAACCAGACCGAUUCAUGGAUUUGCUUGCAAACACGACGAAAGAGAUAGCCACAAGAGCAGUUGCUGAUCAGUCAGGAAAAAAGUUUGCUACUGAAGAAGCCAAUUUCACCAAUUUUCAAACGCUUUACACACUCGCUCAAUGCACUCCGGAUUUACCUGUGUCCAGUUGUGAUACCUGCCUUACAACAGCAAUUGCUUUUCUUCCGAUUUGCUGCCUUGGAAAACAAGGGGGCAGAGUCGUAUUUCCGAGCUGUAACGUCAGAUAUGAAUUGUACCCUUUUUACCGGAUCACAGCGCAACCGCCACCACAGACACCAGUUCGUCCUUCCCCUCCAGCGCCACAACCUAAAGGUAAAGUAGAGAAAAACAAAGUUUCAUCAACAAUUGUAAUUGCCAUUGUUGUCCCGGUUGUUGUCUCUGUGGUGCUCUUUGCAGCGGGCUUCUGUCUUCUUACUAGGAAACGAAAGAAGUACGAUGCAGUAGAACAAGAAAACGCUGCAAAUGAAAUUUCGACUGUGGAGUCCUUGCAAUUUGAUUUUGCCACCAUUGAAGCUGCCACGAACAAAUUCUCUGUUGAUAACAAGUUGGGUGAAGGAGGAUUCGGUCCGGUCUACAAGGGCAAACUCCCUAAUGGACAAGAAAUAGCUGUUAAAAGGCUAUCAGGAAGAUCCAGCCAAGGUGCAGAAGAAUAUAAGAAUGAAGUUGUAUUGGUAGCCAAGCUCCAACAUCGAAAUCUUGUGAGGCUUUUGGGAUUUUGCUUGGAGGGAGAAGAAAAAUUACUCAUUUACGAAUUUGUUCGCAACAAGAGCCUUGACUAUUUUCUAUUCGGUAUGGUCUGCUCAAACCUUAUUUUACUUCUGAAACCAAAUUGUCUUUCUGCAAAUUAUUAUAACUAUAUCAAAUAUGUCCCAGGACGUAAACAACAAGGACAAUUAAAUUGGAUCAAGCGAUACAAGAUAAUAGGAGGAAUAGCGCGAGGAAUUCUUUAUCUUCAUGAGGAUUCUCGACUUAAAAUUAUACAUCGUGAUCUCAAAAUUAGUAAUAUAUUGCUAGACGAUGAUAUGAAUCCAAAAAUUUCAGAUUUUGGUAUGGCAAGAAUUUUUGGAGUUGAUCAAUCUGAAGGCAACACAAGUAGAAUUGUCGGAACAUAUGGUUACAUGCCUCCAGAAUAUGCAAUGCAUGGACAAUUUUCUGUUAAAUCUGAUGUAUAUAGUUUUGGAGUCAUAAUUUUGGAGCUUAUUACUGGAAAGAAAAGCUACAAUUUCCAAUCAACAGAUGGAGCCGAUGACCUCUUAAGCUAUGUUUGGAAGCGCUGGAACAACGAAACACCCUUGGAAUUAUUGGAUUCAAGUCUGAGAAGUUCUUAUUCUAGCAAUGAAGUCAUUAGAUGCAUCCACAUCGGCCUGUUAUGCGUUCAGGAAGAUCCAGCCGAACGACCCACGAUGGCAGCAAUUGUUCUCAUGCUUAACAGCUACUCCGUUACUCUCCAAGCACCGCAAGCUCCAGCCACUUUCUCCAUUCCCAGAAGUGAGUCGAAUUUUCUGACAAAUGAAGAGGGGUCGGACCAAUCCGCUAGCAAGUCAAUUCCAUUUUCCGUCAAUGAAGCUUCCAUUUCAGACUUAUAUCCUCGGUAGUUUAGAGUUGAGAAUAAGAACCAAUGGGGAUACAUAUCAUAUACAACUUUAGAAGUCGUGAGCUAUCUUUCCUCAAUUAUAGUUACAAGCAGAUGUAUCAUAUUGAUUUACCAAUAAAUGAAAAUAACUUCAGCUAGGAA